AUGGCCACUUCUCUCCGACAGAACCCAUGGCGGGCCUGCCAAUCCCUAGCACGCCAGCAAUUAGGCACAACACGCCUCAGCACCCGCAAUUUCUCCUCCAGCGCCCUCCGAUCCAACAAUGCCACCAAGAACCCCCUCCGUUCCCGAGCUACUGCUGCACAGGCUUCCCAGCAAGCAUCCCAGGCCAAGCGGAAGAUUGCGUUCUCCGCCGUUGGAAUGGUUGCUUCCGGAGCUGCCAUGUACGGAGUCAUCAAGCUGGACUUGUUUGGCCUCGAUGAAAUAGAAGCCAAGAAGCAAACCAGCAAGUCGGAUGCGAACCAAUCUCCACAACAAGAAACCGCACCUACAUCCUCAAAUAAUGGCGCAAUGAGAAUGGAUGGACCAGCUGGGUUCCCUAACGGCGGAACUUCUGUUAUUACAAUCCAAGGCCAGGACGGCCUCGAGCAAGUCCCCACCGGAACAAGCACGAUACCGCAUUUCCCCAGCGUUAUCCGUCUGCCCUCACCUGAGCAAACCGAGGGCAAGAAUUCAGGCGAUGAGCUGGCUCCCGCCUCCGGAGACGAAUACCAGCUUCUCGGCCUGGGUAUCCGCACCGUCUCCUUCCUCUCAGUCCAGGUCUACGUGGUUGGUCUAUAUGUCGCCAAGUCCGACAUCACCGAACUGCAACGACGCCUCCUCAACACCGCGAUCCACCCACCCUCCGACGAUGACCCAGCUGCCAUUUCCGGCGCCGGCGCCGACUCCGCUACCUCCCUCGUCUCACCCGAACGUCAACAACUCAAGGAGCUUCUUCUUGACGCGGACCGCGGCGAUGCCGCCUGGACAGCCAUUUUGAAGGAGAACGGCAUCCGCACUGCUUUCCGCAUUGUUCCCACUCGCAACACGGACUUCAUGCAUCUGCGCGACGGCUGGGUCCGUGGAAUCACAGCCCGCGCGCAGUCAAAGAAGGCCGCGCCUGGCUCAACCCAGCCCGGCGAGUUCCAGGAUGAGUCCUUCGGUACCUCUAUGAACGACUUCAAGGCUGUCUUCAGCGGUGGUCAACAGAAGAAUGUUCCCAAGGGCCAGACCCUUGUCCUGAUGCGCAACACUCAAGGUGGCUUGGAUGCGCUGUUCCAGGCUGAUCCCACCAAGCCUGUGCGCUUGAUGGGUCGGGUUGCCGAUGAGCGUAUUAGUCGCCUGGUCUGGCUGAACUACUUGGCCGGUAAGAAUGUUUCCAGCGAUGGCGCGCGCAAAAGCAUCAUCGAUGGCCUGAUGGCCAUUGUUGAGCGGCCUCUUGGAACCGUCGUGCAGAAAGUUAUCUGA